GCGCGCCCGGUCGCUGGCCGAGGUGCUGGCCGGGCCGGCGCUGGCCGCGGUGCUGAAGCUGCCGGCGCUACCGCCGCCGCCGCCGCCGCCUUCUCCAGGCCCCGCGCCGCUACCUCCGGGGGCAUGGGGGGUCGCUGACUGAAGCUCCGCCGCGGCGGCGGGGGGGAGGGGAAGGGGGCCGCGGAGCCGGGCCAGCCCUGCACCCACUCGCAGCCUCCGGGCCCGGGACGGAGCCGCUCCCCCCCUCCCCGCCCCCCCAGCCUCCUCCCCCGCCUGUCCAGGGGCGGCACUGCGGGCUGGGAAGCCGGGACCAGAGGAGGAAAGGAAGGAAGGAAGGAAGAGAAGAGAGAAGAGAAGAGCAGUGAAGAAUAGAAGAAGAGAAGGAAGGAAGGAGAAAAAGAGGGGUCCGGAGCAGCAGAGGAGGAAACGCAGGACGGGCAGGCAGGAGAGAGGACGGCACCGCGCGGCAGCAUCCAGAGGCCAGAGUGAGGACCCGUGCUGCCUCAGCCGCUCCUCGGAUGGUGACGGGGCCCCGCCGCGGCCGCAGCCCCCCCGCGUCCCGGCUCCGCAGGCCCACAGCGCCGGAGCCCCGCAGGAAUCAUGCCCAGAUCCUUCUUGGUCAAGAAGGUCAAACUUGACACAUUCUCCUCGGCAGACCUCGAGAGCUCCUACGGGCGCGCCCGGAGCGACCUCGGCGUGCGACUGCAGGAGAAAGGAUACCUCAACGACUACGCGGGGCCCGCCUCCGUCUACGAUGGCGAUGCCGAGGCGGCCUUGCUCAAAGGGCCAUCCCCGGAGCCCAUGUACGCUGCGGCCGUACGGGGAGAGCUGGGCCCGGCGGCCGCGGGCUCGGCGCCGCCGCCCACCCCGCGCCCGGAGCUGGCCACAGCCGCGGGUGGCUACAUCAACGGCGACGCGGCGGUCAGCGAGGGCUACGCAGCUGACGCCUUCUUCAUCACCGAUGGGCGCUCCCGUCGUAAGGCAGCCAACGCCAGCACCGCCGCCGCCCCCUCCGCAGCUUCGGCGGCGGCCCCCGACGGCGACGGCGGAGGCGGGGUCGGGGCGGGCACGCGUGGUGCAGGGUCGGGGGCUGGGGGUCGGGGCGGCGCGCGCGCGGGGGCGGGCACCGAGGCCCGCGCGGCGCCUGGGGCCGGCAGCUCAGGAGGCCGGCACGCGUGCGGCGAGUGCGGCAAAACGUAUGCCACGUCGUCUAACCUGAGCCGCCACAAGCAGACGCACCGCAGCCUGGACAGCCAGCUGGCGCGGCGCUGCCCGACGUGCGGCAAGGUGUACGUGUCCAUGCCGGCCAUGGCCAUGCACCUGCUCACGCACGACCUGCGCCACAAGUGCGGCGUGUGCGGUAAAGCCUUCUCGCGGCCCUGGCUGCUGCAGGGCCACAUGCGUUCCCACACCGGCGAGAAGCCCUUCGGCUGCGCGCACUGCGGCAAGGCCUUCGCCGACCGCUCCAACCUGCGCGCGCAUAUGCAGACGCAUUCCGCCUUCAAGCACUUCCAGUGCAAGCGCUGCAAGAAGAGCUUCGCGCUCAAGUCCUAUCUCAACAAGCACUACGAGUCGGCCUGCUUCAAGGGCGCCGCCGGCGGCGGUCCCCCGGCCCCUGCGCCCACCGCGCCGCCGCAGCUCAGCCCUGUGCAGGCCUAGGGCGGCGGUACCUCCGCCAGCCGGGUUGGCUCUCAGCAAUAUGGGCCCCCAGGGAGGUCUCCGCCGGCGACCAGGCGGAGGGGCCGGAGGGCGGGCCCCUCCUCACAGCAAUAGGGGGAGGGGGCCCGGCCCCGCCCCGCCCGCCAAGGGCCUUCCCGGCCCCUUCAAGCAAUAGGGUCCCGAGGGGAGACCCACCCCGAGCCCCCUCCCUUCCCCUCCAGGGUGCCCCAGGCUUUUUCCCAGCAAUAGGGUCGAGGAGACCCAGAACCGAACCUCAUCUGCGAGUUAGGUCUCUGAGACCGGGGUGGGGUGAGGUAGGGAGCGCCCCCUCCUCCCUCUUCUGCGCCCCUGGAUCGCGUGGCAGAGACUCAGGUCUUCCCCACCCCUUCCCAAGCCUUCCAGAGCCCGGCCUGCGGCCUAGACGUCGGGGAGCAGCAACGGGGGAGGAGCAGGGUGAGGGGCGCAGAGGCUACCUGCGCCUCCUUCUCGGUGUCCGCUGAGCCCCAGGAGUGUUAGACGCGUGCGGAUCGGGGACUGGGGCGGACGGCGGCACCUCUCUCCCUUGGGUUCCUUCCGGGGCCUCAGUCCGAGCCGCUUUCCUACCCUUGCCUCGCAUCCUCUGCCAAAUCCGAAUUCUUCCAGCCCAGCUUCCGGGGCUCUGUCCUCCAUAACGAAUAAUAAUGACGCAUAUCAAACCGCAUGGACUUAUCCGACCUCCUCAGACCCCGCUCCCCUUCCCUGGGGCCCCCUUCCCUCGUACCCGGGCAUUCGGUGUUGGAGGACGGAUUCCUGGGGCCCGGUAGGCAGGCCUGGGCACGGCCCUCUACACACCUCUCUGUAUUUGCUUUGCGGGUAAAGCCCCCUAGGGGGGUUGCGGAUGCGUCGGGUUUUCUUUCUGUAUUUGUACGUUUUAUUUAUGAAAGGAUUGCACUCGGGUCCGGGAAGGGGCGCAGAGGCCCCUAUCCUUCCCGCCGACGCCGGGGGCUUGGGAUGUCCAGGAUCACUUUCCCCGCCCCGAACCCCGCCCACCUGGGCUCCGCCUCUCGGGAGCCGCAGGCCCCGCCCUCACUCUGUUGCCAAUUUACACCCGUCUAAGCCAAAGCCUCGGCGGCGACCCCGCCCCAAGGGCCCGCCCCAUUGGCCGCCGCCUUUGUGACGUCACUGCAUGCAGCCCCUGCCCCCGUCCCUUCCUUUCCCGGAGCUGCCCGCUCCCAGUCCCUCUUAGUUAGUCCGAAGCCGACUAUAGAGCAAUAAUGCGCACUGCAUGCGAAGCUGCCGCCGCCUCUAGAGUUACUGAGAAUCAGGUAUCCCCCUGCCCUACCCACCCCAUAGGCCCCUAGAUCAGGGACGCUGCGCGGGGCCGGACGCGCAGACUUUCUCCCCCCCUCUCCUGCUCUUCCCUCCCUCCCCUCCCCCCCCCCCCACGGCAGAGGCCGGCGGGUGUAAUGGUUUGAGGGGCGGGGCGGGGUGUUUGUCCUCAAGACCCCUCCUUCAGUCGUCCAUCACCCACUCAUCCUUCAUUAGGCACCUACUAUGUGCCAGGCCCACUGCUGAGUCCGCCAGGGGUGUGGCGACCUGCGGGAAGGUGCAUGUUGGUGAGGGAUCCAACCGGCUUGGGUGGGCCAGGGAUGGUCACACGUGCAGAGAGAGCCGUGGUCCCUAGACCCAAGCGUGGGCCCCUCACUCCUCCCCACCCCAGCGUGGGGCCAGUGCUAGGCACAGGGGGCCUUGCUUUGACUUGGGCCCGGGUCCUCAGCUCAGGUGGCACAGACCCGGGCCCAAAGGCCCAGCGCCACCAGGGCCACCCAUACCGAAUCCCAUUCUUUCCAUCCCCUGGCAAUGGCAGCUUUGUCACGUCAGGCCAGGGUCCCAGGUCAGAGGACAAGGUGCAUGCUGGAGCAUUUGACCUGGCCAGCCCUAUCCCAGUGGGUACCAGGCCCAGCGGCUCCCACAGGGGUGGACCCGGGCCUCAGAGCCCAGCAUAGCAGGGCUCAUGUCCAAGACCCCUCCAUCCCAGCUCAGUGUUCACACAGCUCCCAGGCCGGGGCCUGCCCACCUGUGCUGGGCAGACCCGCAUGCACAGGCACACACAGGUGCCCCACCCUACCCUACACACCUAUCUACCUACCUACCUAAGGAGAAGGCCGGAGGGCCGUGGGCCGGCCAGGGUCUCCCGCUUCUCCCCACACCCCGCCGCCGUGGAAAGCCAUGGGCCCCCUCCCGCCCCCGUAACUAAGCAGCACAAUAACCGACUUAGCAAAUUCAGGUAGAAGGAACGUUUAGGUAGCACCUAUUUUGUACUGAUUCUAUAAGUAGGGCCCGAGAUGCGGGGGCCCUCGGGUGGGGGCUGCGGCCGCCGGCCCGCCUUGCCCUCACCCCCGCCUGCACCCCGCCGCCUUGUACAUACUCCCACCCGGAACAGGCCGGGAUUUUUACUCGGGCUGCGCCCCUCUUCCGCCCCCGUUUGGGGCCGGGCCGGCCGGACAGACGGACGGACGGACAGACCUCCUUCCUAAGCACAAUAGCACCAGCUCCCCGGAGCGCCGCACCUCCACGAGGAGAAUAAAUGCCACUCUUGAUAGAA